AUGUCUACCGCUCCCAAGAAACAGUUCAAUGGAAAGAGGCAAAAGAAGGUUAAGAACGACCGCACUAAGGCCAAUGGCUUUGAUGAAGUUCUGCAGGCCGAUAUCGAGCAAUUGAUCAAGAGAAACCGCCCCGAAGAAGAUGAAUCAGACGGCGACAAGACCGCACCGGCACCUUCACCCCUCCCAGAGACGUUUACCGAAAUCGAUGUGACCGUAUCCGAAAUCUCCUCCACUGGCGAUGGCUUGGCGCUAUCGGAAAACAAAGAUCAUGUAUAUUUGGUACCAUUCACUGUCCCGGGAGACAAAGUCCGAGUCAAGGUGAUUCGGCACUUCCCAGCUUUGUCCUAUACUAUGACAGAUUUCGUCAGCGUUAUUGAAGCGGGCCCGAAGCGAGACGAUGCGCUUAUUGGAUGCCAGUAUUUCUCGAAAUGUUCUGGUUGCCAAUUGCAGAUGAUGUCCUACGAGGAUCAGCUGGCACACAAGCGUCGCAUCGUGGAGAAAGCCUACGCCAACUUCUCCGGACUAAUUCCUGAGCUUGUCCCCACUAUUGGAGAUACAUUCCCUUCACCUUUGAAAUAUGGAUAUAGAACAAAGCUUACCCCGCAUUUCGCGCAAGGCGGUGCUGGUAAGGGCAAGAAGGCCGACGGAUCAGAGCAAGAGGUCAACGUGCCACCCAUUGGCUUCACAUACAAAAACCGCAGGGCGGAUAUGGAUAUCGAGGACUGUCCCUUGGGAACAGACAUUGUGCGCCUGGGUCUCAAGAGUGAGAGGAAGCGUGUGGCUGAAAACAUUCGUUCUUACAAGAAGGGCGCAACACUGCUCAUGCGCGAAUCGACCUACCGAAUCCCCAAGGAAGCCCCGACAGCUGAAUCUGAGACUGAGGCCAAGGCCGAGACCGAGACCAAGGAAACAAAUGGAUGGGCACCAGUCCCAGGCGCAGAUACCGGUGACGUGAUCCGCAUUGAGCGUGAAAACUACAUUGAGGAGAAGCGAUGCAUCAACGAUAACAAUGCCACAUCUGUCGAAUAUGUUGACGACUAUGCCUUCAGCAACAAGGCCGGAGGCUUUUUCCAAAACAACAAUUCCAUUCUCUCGGGCUUCACCGAGUUCAUUCGCUCUCAGGCUAUCCCUGCCGGCAAUGACCAAGAUCCCCGUCCUAUUAAAUACCUUCUCGACGCCUACUCCGGCUCUGGUCUGUUCACCAUCACCCUGUCUCCACUUUUCAAGUCCAGUCUUGGUGUCGAUGUCGCCGGAGACUCUAUCGCUUGCGCUCGUGAUAAUGCGCGUGCAAACAACUUGCCUAGCACGGGCUUUGCUGCCGCAGACGCGGCCGUCUUGUUCAAGGAUGUCCCGUACCCUGCUGACCAGACUCUUCUCGUCAUUGACCCGCCUCGCAAGGGUUGCUCCGAAGAUUUCCUGCAACAACUUCUCUCUUACAAGCCUCGCCGUGUUGUCUAUGUGAGCUGCAACGUUCACACCCAGGCUCGUGAUGUUGCCGUGAUGGUGCAGGGAGAUGAGAAGCAGAAUGUCCGAUAUGAGAUUGAGAGCAUUCGUGGCUUCGAUUUCUUCCCUCAGACUGGCCAUGUCGAAGGUGUGGCUAUUCUGAACCGUGCCGAAUUCCCUCAGAAAGAAGAGUCGGCAUGA